UCUAUAAACUCUAUUUUAAUAUUCAUAUUUAUUCCAGACAUAAACAAACUAUUGUUGAAUCGCAAAUUCUCACAACGAAAAAUAAUCACCCAACAACAGCAUCAAAUCCAAAUCACAAAGCAUUUACAACAAUUGCACCACCAACAACAGCAGCAGCAACAGUUGCAACAACAGCAAGACGAUGAUGGCAGCGGGGUUAAUACUCUCCAUGAUGGACACACGAAUUCAUCAGGUGGGGUGACCACCACUUUGGUUGGAACGUCGUCGCAGCUGCAAAAAGUGCAGAUGCAAGGGGGCAAAGUGAUAAAAAUGUCGUCGUACCCACUGCUCGUUUCCGAGUUGAAUGUCGCACAGCAACAACAGCAUCACCAACCACACCACCAGCAGCAGCAGCAGCAACAGCAAAAACACAACUCAGCGGCAAUUUCUGCCAAUCACAACUACAGCCUGCAGCCUACGACAGCGAUAAUAACCUCAUCGCAGUCAGCUACACAGCAAGGCGCCAGCGGUGGCAAUAAAAUCUAUCUGACCAGCAACAACGCCAGCGGUGGUGGAACCAAUUUCACCAUAGCCACAGCUAGUGAACUGGCUAAUGCUGUUGCCGUGCAGCAGUCCAAUAGCAAUAACAGCGGUGGCGCCGGCAGCAGUAACGGCAACAGCAACAUGGCACAGAAAUUGCAUCACUACAAGGAGCUGCAGAACGCCAACUUGAAAGUGAACUUUGUGACCACUUCUAACGCAGGUGGUACUAGUAGCGGUAGCGGUGGUAGCGCUGUUAGCGUGCAACAUGGCAGCAUCGUUGUGGAUGCGAAAACAGUCGCAGCCGCAGUCAGUCAGUCGCAACAACAGCAGCAGCAACAACAACAGGCAACGGCUCAGCAACAGACAGUUGUGCUGAACAAAGCCUCGGCAAAUGCCAAUCUGCAGCAGCAAAAACUGAAACGCGAACGUAUACUCAAUAUAAUCGGCGCCUCGAAUAUGGAAGUAAAUGCAACGAAUGUCAAUAAUGCCGUAGUCAGUGCCGGCGGUGUCGGUCCUGUUGAGAAUAGCAAACGUGUGCUCUACACAAGUCUGCUAAACGUGAAGCCGCUGCAGAAGAACAACUCUGGUCAGAUGCAGAUGCAAAUUGGACCCGGUGGCAUGACACACGCGCUCUUGCGCGGACGCAUUGGUAACAAUCAAACGAUUUUCACGAAUAUGCGUACGGUCCCGAUAGCGACGAGCGCAGCGGUGGGCAAUGCAACCACUGUGCAGCAGUUGCAAGUAUCAGCUGCUGGUGGUAGUUGCAAUAACAGCAGCAAUGUUGGAGGCAAUGGAAUGAGUGUUAGUUUGGCGCAAGUUACAACGAAUUCGACGACAUCAUCGUCAUCUGUGGCGCAUAUGCAACAUUCUUUGGUAAAUAUAACCAAUUCAAAUGCCACUGCUGCAGCGGCGGAUAUUAUGACCACAAGCAGUAGCUGUAAUGAUCUCAAGUCAAUUGAGAGUGUUGGUUGCAACAAUAGUAGCAGCGGCGGAAAUACUAACACGGUGGCGUUGUCGAUAAGCAGUGGCAGCAGUAAUGGCAACAGUAACAGUAAUAGCAAUAGUAGCGUCGGUGGCGGUGGCGGCGUCAGUGCUGGCAAUUCAACUCUCAAUUCGGCGUCAGCGGCGACUGCGAACAAUAAUACGCUUGCUUCUGCAAUAAUCAACAGGUGAGAUACGGGGAGCUAACUAACAAU